AAAUAAUAGUAAUUACAAAAAAAUAUAUUUCUACACAAUUUUAAAGUACCUGAAACUGUUACCUUUAAAGUUAAAUAGAACUUUUGUUAAGCUGGGUAAACUGUGGUGUAUAUUUAAAGAUUAUCUUUUUGCCAAAAUGGGUCCACCAAAUUCUACCACCGUCAACGGUUCGGAGUUACCGCCCAAAACUACCGAACGCUGUGAAGCACCUCGUGAGCUAAAAGGCAUACGCAAAUGGCUAAGUGAGAAUCUGAUGUUGCUGGUCACGCUGUCCGGUGUUAUGCUGGGAGUGAUAUUGGGUUUCUCACUACGCCCCCUGCAGCUGCAUGAGGACUCCAUAAUGCUGAUUUCAUAUCCGGGUGAAUUAUUUAUGCGUGUCCUGAAAUUAAUGAUUUUACCGUUGGUCAUCUCGAGUCUCAUUGCCGGUUCGGCAAGUUUAAAUGCACGCAUGAAUGGUAAAAUUGCCCUGCGGACCUUGGUAUACUUUGCCACCACCUCGCUGAUGAAUGCAGCCUUGGGCAUUGCAUUGGUGCUACUAAUACACCCCGGAGAUCCAGAUUUACAUAACAAUAUAGAUCGUUCCACAGAUAAAAGGGCUGUGAAUUUAUUGGAUAGUUUGUUGGAUUUGGGAAGGAACGUCUUCCCCGACAAUCUAUUCCAAGCCUCAUUUCAACAAGCGCACACUGUUUAUCUGCCUAAACCCUCCAUUUCGAAUACAUUCAAUGAAACCUUCAAUGAAACUAGUCUCGUAGAUGUAGACGCCGGCGUAGAUGCCCAACGACAGGACGCAGAGCCGACAUUGAUACGUGUUAUCCAAUAUCGUAGCGGCACCAAUACCCUGGGCAUUGUCUUCUUCUGUUUAGUCUUUGGCACAUUCCUUGGUACAAUCGGCGAAAAGGGCCAGGUGGUGGUGGAUUUCUUUUCGGCCAUUUUUGAGGUUGUCAUGAAAAUGGUCACCUGUGUUAUGUGGCUGACGCCAGUCGGUAUCAGUUCGGUGAUAGCUGGCAAAAUUCUGAGUGUCGAUGAUCUGCAUAUGGUGAUGGCUCAGCUGAUGUGGUUCAUACUGACGGUGACCAUUGGUGUGGUGCUGUAUCAGUUUGUGAUAAUGCAAGUCAUCUAUUAUAUUGUUGUGCGUCGCAAUCCAUUCAAAUUCUAUGCUGGAUUAAUACAAGCCAUGCUGACCGCAUUUGCGACAGCUUCAACUGCCGCUGCACUUCCUGUGACAUUCCGUUGCAUGAACGACAAGUUGCGUGUGGAUCAACGCAUAACUCGCUUUGUUCUCCCAAUUGGCUGUAACAUCAACAUGGACGGCACGGCUCUCUUCAUUUCGAUUGCUUCGAUUUUUAUUGCCCAGAUGUCCGGCAUGACAUUGGGUUUUGGUGAAAUUGUCACUGUGUUGUUGACAUCGACUGCGGCUUCUAUGAGUUCGGCAAGUGUUCCAAGUGCUGCUUUGGUUUUGCUACUGGUUGUAUUGACGGCUAUCGAUGCUCCCGUGCAGGAUGUCACAUUGUUGUUCGCUGUCGAUUGGUUUGUGGAUCGUAUUCGCACCACCAACAACAUGCUGGGUGAUUGUUAUACCGCCGCCAUUGUUGAGGAGUUAUCUCGCAAAGAGUUGAUGGCUCUGGAUGCAGCUAUUCUAUAUCAGGAAAUUCCCAUCAGCACGCCAAAUGGUCAUGUCAGCUUGGAGGGACAAACUGAAUUGGACAGUACUUGCACCAUGCCGGAUGCCGUUAUCGUCGACAUGAAUGCGGUCAUUAAUAAAGUCCAACAACAGCAGCAGCACCAACAACAACAACACCAACAUCCACAUCAUCAAAAUGGUCAUGCUAAUCAUAAAAUAUAAGCAGAA